AUGGCUCCAUCCAAGCACCAGGCAAACGUCAAAGUGUAUGUUGCCUUCAUCAUCACCGCCGCCGGGUGAAGAGGUCGCAGCACAGUCGGUCCGCCAUGCUCACGCAGCAUCACACUCCACACACCCGCCUCAAUCCUGCACGUUGUCAUACUCUGGCACGUCAGAAUGUGAGUGCGGUCGGCGCGCAUAUGGAAAAGAGCGAAAGCCAAUCCUACGCCGCCAUCUGCCAGCUCGAAAGAGAUUCGGCGCUCUCGCACUGCGAGGCCUUGUUGGACGAGAGUCACUUCUCACCGAUGAAAUACACGCUCAGUCAUCUGAACAGAUGAUGAGCGCUCAGCGGAGAAUGCAUGAGAGCCAGCAGACCACUGUGCCGCACUUCUUCGUCUCGAGCAACUUUCCGCGGACCGACUAACAUUCUCCCACAGGAGCGUCCCGACCAAGGACCAGAUCUUGGUUCCGGAGACUCUGCUCAAGAAGCGCAAGAGCCAGGAGAAGGAGCGCGCCGAGAAGGCUGAGCAGCGUGAGGCUCGCAAGAAGGUACGGCAUCUCUCCACUCCCCCGCCCAUUCCACUGUGAUGAUAUCUACCAACCAUACACGACUAGCCUCCGGGCAAUGUUGUCGUUCUGUUAACCAUCUUUCGGGGCUGAUCGUGCUUGUCUCAACCCAAAUGAGAGUUCCAUGGGCGCAUGCGAAGUACAGUCGCUGACUUCAUUCACAGGAGAGCAAGCAGAAGCGUGCUCAGAUCUUCAAGCGCGCCGAGUCAUACGUCAAGGAGUACCGCGAUGCUGAGCGCGAGAAGAUCCGCCUCGCCCGUGUCGCCAAGUCUGAGGGCAGCUACUACGUCCCGGCCGAGCCCAAGCUCGUGUUUGUCGUCCGCAUCAAGGGUAUCAACAAGAUCGACCCGAAGAAGCGCAAGACCCUGCAGCUCCUCCGUCUGCUCCAGAUCAACAACGGUGUCUUCGUCCGCCUCACCAAGGCCACCUCGGAGAUGCUCAAGAUCGUCGAGCCAUUCGUCGCCUACGGAUACCCCAACCUCAAGUCUGUCCGUGAGCUCAUCUACAAGCGUGGAUACGCCAAGACCAGCCAGAAGCACCGCAUCCCUCUCACCGACAACGCCAUCAUCGAGGAGCACCUCGGCCAGUACGGCAUUGUCUGCAUGGAGGACCUGAUCCACGAGAUCUACACCGUCGGCCCCAACUUCAAGCAGGCCAGCAACUUCCUCUGGCCAUUCAAGCUGUCCAACCCAACUGGCGGCUUCCGUCCUCGCAAGUUCAAGCACUUCGUCGAGGGUGGUGACCUUGGCAACCGGGAGGAAUACAUCAACCAGCUCAUCCGCCAGAUGAACUAG